GCGCUGCGUUCUGCACGCACCAGCGGGAGUCGUCUCAGCUACAAGCGUCGCAAAUAUAUUGUAGACCGGCACAAUACACACGAUGGUGUGGCCCUUUGCCGCGUCCUCUCCCACCGCCUCCACGGCAUCCGCGACGAGCAGCUCUACCGCCCCACUCGAGCAGCGCAUGAUCCGCGUCACCAAGGACGACAUCAGCCGCACCACGCCGGAGGACAUCAAGCGAGUGCGGGCCACCUUGACAGACGAGCAGCUGUCCAGUGCGAUUCGCAUCGUUUUAGAGACGAACCGCUUUGCGGAUGUGCUCGCUGCAUCGUCCGCGUCUGCGUGGGCCGAGGCGGCGACCGGCGUCACGGAGGUGCAGAUGGGUAUGUCGGGCCGAGUGGUUCGGGACCGCAUGAGUCUGCUGUACAGCAUGCUGCCCUACGUAUCCGAUGAGUUCUUGACGACGAUGGGUGGGUCCUAUUCAAGCCUGCAGUGA